AUGGAGGAUCUACUAGGUUGCAUUGAAUCCCUUCUUGAUCUUCGCCAUUCUUCCAUUUCGACAGGCGGCAUGAAAGAAUGUAUUAGGUUCCUGAAGAAUUUCAUCCGUUUGGUCACAUUACUAGGACUUGAGCCUAAGCAGAUGGGAGAUCUGUUGAUACACGUCCGAGGCGUGUUGAUUGAUGUUGCUUGCUUCAUUUUCAGGUCUUUGAAUCCACGAUACGAUGAUUAUUCUGAGUGGUCCGAUCCUUACAAACUUGUAGAUAGAAUUGAGCCUGUUGAAUCUCAGGUUUUUGAGAUUUAUGUUCGAGCCUUGCAACAAGCUUCAGCAUUGCCUGAGUCAUCGAACCAAGGGGUUCCAGGAUGCCAAAAGCUUUUGUUGGCGGAUUUUGUUGAUUCUCUCAUCUAUCUUAUCUUUCAGCUGUUAUUCCAUCGUACCGGAUGCUUGUAUCAUAAGAUGUAUAGACUAUAUAAGCGGCUCAGAUUCUUGAGAACCGUUCUGACAGGGCAACAUGGUAAAGGUGAUGAGUUACAUGACAAAAUGAAUGGCCUUACUGGAAUCUUGAUUUGUGAGGCAGGAGUUAUAGUUUGCUAUCUUUUUCUCGGAAAGAAAGAAAGACUUCCAGGUGGAACCCUAGAGCAUCGUUUUCAGAAUUUCGAUGAAAAAUUUAAGCUUGUGAUCAAUUUAGAAGAAGAAGAAGAAGAAGAUGCACCAAGAUAUACACCACCAUCAGAAUGUCCUCAAAUGAACUUGUUGGGAUUUCUUGAUUCUAUCUUGGAAAAAAUGACAUCUAAUGAUCCAUGUGAGGCUGCAGAUUCAGUAGUUGCUUCAGCGAAGAAUAAGCUCAAAACUAUCCGUGAUGAGCUUGCAUAUUUGAGAUCCUUUUUGGUUAAUGUUAUGGAAGAGCAGCAUGAUCAAAGGGGGAAGCUGCAAGACCUGUGGAGCCGUGUUGCUACAGUAGCCUAUGAGACGGAGUUUGUCCUCGAUUCUCUACAGGUUGGAGGCACUCAUCAGAGCUUCACUGAGCUGCUUGAUACGAUCAUAGCAGAAAUCAAGCAAAUUAAGACUCAGGCAUCUGGCAUUGAGAAGAUCACCAAAGUCAAGGAUAUAGCUAAAACUUACAAUAAGCAGCUUUCGGCAGGUAAGAACCCUGAAUUCAGCGAGCCUGUUGUAUGCUUGAUUGAUGAGUCACAGGAGAUAAUUGAUCGACUGAAAAGAGGCACGGAAAAUUUGGACAUUGUUUCCAUAGUUGGAAUGAGUGAAGAUGAUUUGGGUGAUGCACUCCGCAAAUACUUGAAGGGAAAAAGGUAUCUUGUCAUCUUGGAUGAUGUUUGGGAUGCUGAAGUAUGGAGAAGUUUGAAAUAUUCAUUCCCAAAUGAUAGGAAAGGAAGUAGAAUUCUUCUAACCAGUCGGUCUGAGGAUGUGGCCUUAGAAAUCAAACCAGACAGUAAACCUCAUCGCCUUCGUUUCCUCAACAAACCUGAGAGUUGGGAACUAUUUCAAAUGAAGAUGUGUUUUGAAGAAGGCUGUCCUCCGGAACUACUUGCACGUGGGGAGGCAAUAGCAUCCGGUUGCAAGGGAUUGCCAUUGAUGAUUAUAGUUGUUGCUGGAAUUCUUUCAAAUAUGGAGCCAGGUACUUGGGAAGAGAUUGAAAUAAAACUAAAGAAGGGUAACCCACCUACCACAGAUGAGUGCAAUGAAAUUCUAGAGUUGAGUUAUCGUCAUUUGCCAGAUUAUUUGAAACCAUGUUUUCUUUACUUUGGAUUGUAUAAAGAGGAUCAAAAAGUAAGUGUCCAUGAGAUGUUAUGGUUAUGGAUUGCAGAAGGCAUUGCGAAGAAAUCUGAGGAGGAAUGCGUUGAGGAUGUUGCAGAGGGUUACAUGAUGGAGUUAAUACAAAGAAACUUAAUAAUGGUUGCUGAGAGAGGGUCCAGAGGAAGCGCCAAAUCUUGCAUCCUUCAUGACCUUUUACUUGACUUUGCAGGGAAACAGGCAAACAAGAACAUUUUAUGCAUCGCUUACGCUGCCAUGAACUUGGUACUUCCGUUCAGCCAAGGAUGUUGUACCGGUUGCAUUUCUAGCCUGUCUAAGCUUCUAAGAGUUUUGAGUUUGAACAAAAUUUUUAACUUCCAUUUCUUUCCAAGUGCCAUUCAACUACUUGGUCACUUGAGAUACUUGGCCUUGGCCAUUGAGCGAUCAGUUAACAUCCCAUCGUCAAUUGCAUACCUCUCAAAUUUGGAGACUUUUAUUGUUCUUGGAAUGAAAGAAGUUUUUCUGCCAUAUGCUGUAUGGAAUAUGAAAAAAUUAAGGCAUAUGAGAGCACAUUCAUGGGUUUUUGUGAGAGAAUUUCCUGCAGAGAAUCCUAACCAACUUUCAAGUUUAGACAGCUUACAUACUUUCAAGGAGAACGAUGGGGCCUUGAAGAUUUUGGCAUUGGACUUUUUGAGUCGACUUGAAUCACUCCACAUCACUUGUACUUGGCCAGAUAAGUGUAUUUAUCACUUCCAGUUUCCCGAAAAUCUAAAGAAGCUGACUCUAUCACUGCUUAUGCUUCCAUGGAGUGACAUGUCGGCAAUUCAUAGGCUGCCAAAUCUUGAGGUCCUCAAGCUACUGGGAAAUGCAUUCUCUGGGGAAACCUGGCAUGUCGAAGAAGACACAUUCCCCAAGCUCAGAUAUCUAAUAUUGGAAGGCCUUAAUUUAGUUAGGUGGACCAUGGAUUCGGAGGACAAUGUUCCUUUUCCCUGCCUCGAGAAGUUAGUCCUGAAAAGAUGUAUGUGCUUGGAGGAACUGCCUACUGAUUUAGCCCAGAGUUCAACUCUUCAGACGAUUGAGGUAUUUGAAUGUGACAAGGUCACUGAGUCGAUAAACCAACUUCAAGAAAUGGCAGAAGAGGGAAAUGAAGGUCUGAAGAUCCUUACUCACAUUUUAUGGUGGAAGAAGUUAUCAGAGAAUGAAACAGGGCUCAAGGUUAUCAGUUUUUAA